AUGGUGGAUGCGGUGGGAAGCAGUGGUGGCAACGUUGAGAAGCAAUGGUGGAAGUGGUGGGAAGCAAUGGUGGCAGCGGUGGGAAGCAAUGGUGACAGCGGUGGAAAGCAAUGGUGGCAGCGGUGGGAAGCAAUGGUGACAGCGGUGGGAAGCAGUGACGGCAACGGUGGAAAGCAAUGGUGGCAGCAGUGGGAAGCAAUGGUGACAGCAGUGGGAAGCAGUGGUGGCAGCGGUGGGAAGCAAUGCGGUGGCGUCAACAGUGGUGGCAACAACAGUGGUGGCGUCAACAGUGGUAGCAACAACAGUGGUGGCAACAACAGUGGUGGCAAUAACAGUGGUGGCAACAACAGUGGUGGCAACAACAGUGGUGGCAACAAAAGUGGUGGCAACAACAGUGGUGGCAACAACAGUGGUGGCAACAACAGUGGUGGCGUCAACAGUGGUCGCAAUAACAGUGGUGGCAACAACAGUGGUGGCGUCAACAGUGGUCGCAAUAACAGUGGUGGCAACAACAGUGGUGGCAACAACAGUGGUGGUGUAAACAGUGGUAGCAACAACAGCGGUGAUGACAACAACGGUUGCAUCAACAGUGGUUGCGUCAACAGCGGAAGCAAAAACAGCAGUGGCAACAACAGCGGUGGCAACAACAGUGGUAGUGUCAAAAACAGCGGAGUCAUCAACAGCAGUAUCAACAACAGCAGUGGCAACAACAGCGGUGGCGACAACAACGGUUGCAUCAACAGUGGUCGAGUCAACAGCAGUGGCAAAACACACCGCGGUGGCAACAACCGCGGUGGUGUCACCAACAGCUUUGGCGUCAACAGUGGUGGCGUCCACAGCGGUGGCAACAACAGCGGUGGUGUCAAUGGCAGUGGCAACAACAGCGGUGGCAACAACAGCGGUCUCAACAACAGCGGUUGUGUCAACAGCGGUGGCAACAACAGCGGUGGCAACAACAGGGGUGGCGUCAACAGCUGUGGCGUCAAGAGCAGUGGCAACAACAGCAAUGGCGUCAACAGUGGUGGCGUCAACAGCAGUGGCAACAAGAGCAGUGGCAACAACAGCGGUGGCCGGUGGCAACAAGAGCAGUGGGAACAACAGGGGUGGCGUCAACAGCUGUGGCGUCAAGAGCAGUGGCAACAACAGCGGUGGCGUCAAUGUGGUGGCGUCAACAGCAGUGGCAACAAGAGCAGUGGCAACAACAGCAGUGGCGUCAACAGUGGUGGCGUCAACAGCGGUGACGUCAAAAGCGGUGGCAACAACAGCAGUGGCAACAACAGCGGUGGCAAUAACAGCUGUGGCAAUAACAGCUGUGGCAACAACAGCAGUGGGAACAACAGCGGUGGCGUCAACAGUGGUGGCGUCAACAGCGGUGACGUCAAAAGCGGUGGCAACAACAGCAGUGGCAACAACAGCGGUGGCAAUAUCUGCAUUGAAACAAUUGCGACAACUACAGUAACAAUUAGUGCAACUACAGUAACAAUCGUUGCAACUACAGUAACAAUUGCGACAACUACAGUAACAAUUGCAGCAACUACAGUAACGAUUGUUUCAACUACAGUAACAAUUUCUGCAGCUACAGUAACAAUUGCAGCAACUAAAGUAACAAUUACUGCAACAACAGUAACAAUUGCAGCAACUACAGUAACAAUUGUUGCGACCACAGUAACAAUUACUGCAACUACAGUAACAAUUGCAGCAACAACAGUAACAAUUGCAGCAACUACAGUAACAAUUGUUGCGACCACAGUAACAAUUACUGCAACUACAGUAACAAUUGCUGCAACUACAGUAACAAUUAGUGCAACUACAGUAACAAUUGCAGCAACAACAGUAACAAUUGCAGCAAUUACAGUAACAAUUGUUGCGACCACAGUAACAAUUACUGCAACAACAGUAACAAUUGUUGCAACUACAGUAACAAUUGUUGCGACCACAGUAACAAUUACUGCAACAACAGUAACAAUUGUUGCAACUACAGUAACAAUUUCGGCAAUUACAGUACCAAUGGAUGUUGAUCCUGAGAACGCAAGCACAGAACGCAAUGCUAAAAUUCAAAUUGAUGAUGGACCAGCUCAAGAAACUAAGUUCUCAGGCUCGGCUCUUGAACCAUUUAAUCAUCUGUUUUCUACUUGUCAUUGGUCGCUAUGA